AUGACUAUUAUGGACAGCUUGUCAUUGGGUCCUGCAAAAAAUACAAGGAAGGAAAGUAUUGCAGCUUACUCUCCAACAACUGGAACUCGUCAGAUGAGCCCAUUUGGCUCCCCCACAAACUCUAAAGGACAGGAUCAUCCAAAUGAACCAUCAAAUGAAAAGUGCGGAAAGCUGAAUAAUCUCAACUUACCUGAAAGCAAGAAAUCUACAACAGACACCGAUGCUGAAUUUAUGAGGUUGUUAUCCAAUGUAAAAAGAUCAUCAAAGGAAAUCCUGGACAUAAUGAAUGAUUUAAGUAGCAUACAGGCUUUGGGGGGCAGUAGAGAGCUUGAAAAUCUCAUUGGUUUCACACGCACACCAGGCCUCUUACAAGAAGAGUUGAAGAAAACAGAAGAACUAAUGACAAAAAUAACGAAACAAAAACUGUUUGAGAAGAAAAUCUCAGAAGUUGCUGACCAAGAAAUGCAUCAUAUUGACAGCUAUGAUUUCCUUAAAGCCAUCUUAAAAUGA